AGCUAUAAAAUGAAUUGCCAGACAUUUUUGUUUCAAAGUGAUUAUAUCGCAUAACCAUGAUAUCAAUAAUUCUCUUGGCGUUUUGGGCAACACCUGUCCUUCUGGACACCCCCACUUGCGGACCCAACGAAAUUUACGACGAAUGUGGAACCUACUGCCCACUGACUUGUCUAGUCCAAAGCCCUCAAAUGUGUCUAGACGGGUGGUGCAUACGUGGAUGUUUCUGCGAAAAGGGUUACGUCCGAGAAAACUUAAACGGGAAAUGUAUACCAACCUCGGAUUGCGGAAGUGCUUGUAGAGAGAACGAAAAAUUCGAUAUAUGUGGCAGCUCUUGUCCUCCUACAUGUGACAACCCAUCACUAUCUUGCCCAGCGGUCCGCUGCUCCCAAGGGUGUUUCUGCGCCGAAGGCUACAUCCUCACAGGCGGUUCUACAAGGUGCAUCAAACUAGAAGACUGUCCUCGCUAUCCGUAUCCAUAAAAAAAAUAGCUAAAUUUCG